AUGAACACUUUUGUGACUCAUCCGUGGAUAGCAGUGGAUGCAAAAACGAAUGAAAGAAUGUUGUUGAACUUUAGAAAAACAUAUCUCCCCGGUGAACCGGAAGUACGGCGGAUGGAUUUUGAGCAUCGUGAAGAUUCUGUUGUAAGAGCUGAAGUACUCAUAACAUUGCCCGGUAAGGAUUUUUAUAGACCGUCGUUAAGAUCCGGGUAAUUCAGAAAUAUUCCAGGCAGUAAAUUAUAGUUGUGCGUCCUCGAAGCGCCCAUUAUUCUCACUUCUUGUUCGAAUGCUACAAAUCAACCUGUUCAAGAUGUAGAUGGUGGGGGGGGGGGAGGGGGGGGUAUGGAUGGCAAGCUUACUUUCGUGACGCCGUAGGUGGUAUCGACCAUUUUUGGUGUCCGUCAAUCAUGAUUUACUGAAAAACUGUCCUGUGAAUCGUGAUUGAAGUGAUCUCCGUGAAACUCCUGAACUGCCAAAAUCCUCGUUUGUGUAUAUGUACAUUGAAAAUAAAUUGAAGAAAUUAAAUCGUUAAUUUGGCCAAACAACCUUAACAUGAAUGGUGGCUUUGUUAAAGUUCACUUUUGAAUCUUUUGAUGAAACUUCACACUUCAAUGCGCUCAUACUCACCUACAGCUGGCUUCCCGUUGGGAAUUUAUUGGUUUGAAAAACUUUAGUAAUCUAAUUGAAGCACUGACUGUUUUACAAAAUGGGAUGCAACGUUUUUGGCAUUUUGUAUGACCUUUAUUGUUUGUGAAGCGUGAAAGGGUAAAGAAUUGCUUUUGUGACUUGUGAAAUGCAAAAUUGUUGUUUGUGAACUCGUGAUGAAACCCGUAUGGUGGCCCACAACUCACGCGUCACGGCAAAACCAAAAACCUCACGGCAGAAACAAAAACAUCACGUCAAAACCAAAAACCUCACCGCAAAAACAAAAUACCUCACGGCAAAACCAAAACCCUCACUGCAAAAACAAAAUACCUUAUGGCAAAACCAAAACCCUCACGGCAAAAACAAAAUACCUCACGGCAAAACCAAAAACCUCAUGGCAAAACCAAAUACUUCACAGCAAAAGCAAAAUAGCUUUGGUUUUGCCGUGAGUAAUAUUGCUUUUGCCGUGAGGUAUUUGGUUUUUGGUGUGAAGUAUUUUGGUUUUGCCGUGAGGUUUUUGGUUUUGUCAUGAGGUAUUUUGUUUUUGCCGUGAGGUUUUUGGUUUUGCCGUGACAGUUGUGGGCCACCGUAGACCCCCCCUUGCCCCCCCCCCCUCCUAGAUGCCUAGAGGAAUCUAAUUUUUAAAAUAGAAGUACAGUGCUGUACAACCCCCCCUUGCCCCCCCCCCCCUCCUAGAUGCCUAGAGGAAUCUAAUUUUUAAAAUAGAAGUACAGUGCUGUACAUUAAUUUUACUUUUCAUUUACUGUUAGCUUAUAUUGUUUUAUGAUACAGGAAAAUUAAAAAUUGAAGGAAAAACCCUAAAUAAGAAAAACAUUCUCUGAUAAGGGUAAUAACAAUAAGACAUAAAAUUUAUAAAAUAAAUAAAACUUAAAGCCUACAUAAAGUUUUUUGCUAAAAAUAAUAUAUGCAUAUUGACCGAAAAGAUGAAAUUUCACCAGAGUAAAGUAAAUACUGAUACUGAUAAAUUUGAAUGAACUAAAGAUAAAAUCUAAAACUGAUACUGAAAUAUUGAUAAUCUCAUGGUUUCAGUUUAGACUAAAUCAAACAUUAAUGGAGGUUAAGAAUCCCAACUAGCUGGAGGCAAACUACAAGGCUGUGCUCUAAGGAAAAUUGAAGGGAGCCCAAUGCUCUGGGCCUGUAAAAUCUAGGGUGCCCAUACAGCACAUGAUUGGUAUGAAAAAACUAAGAUUUUCUAGUUGCCUGAUAGGAAAAGUUAGAUGCCAGGGGCCGUUGGGCUUAGCCUGCGAAUACAGCCGUUUCUCCUAGCUCCUCACUGCCUGCAGGGACAUUUCACCAGGAGGAACAUCUACUCAGCGAAAGAAAUUCCAUCUAACUGAUGAUGUAAAUUAAUGUUUACAUAAUAAAUCUGGUAUUCAUGGGGUUUCAAAUGUAAAUUUGUUUGAUUUCAUGUUUCUCGUGGUCAAUUAUGGUAAAGUUUUGUGAUCUUUUGCGAACGAGCUCCAGCAAAACUCAGAUGCUUUUUCUAAAAAUGAAUCUAUUCCAAGAAUAUUGACUGUUUUGUAAUAGAUUCAUCACGUUUACAUUUGGCCAUUGUGGCCUUUUGUCUGUCAUUCAUAAACAACAGGUAAAACAAUAUAACUACUACAUUGACCAAUCAGAGCUCCUAACCAGAUUCCAGACAGAUUUUACGCCAUCAGUAUGGAAUUUCUGUCGCUGAGUUGCAGACAUUUCUCUUGGCAAAACGUCCUUAGCAGUGAGGAACAAGGAGAAACAGCUGUAUUCGCAAGCUACAUCGGGCUCUGCUAGAGCACAGCUCUGAACUACUUGUUCAUUGACAAGUGUGGUUAAGGAUUUGAGUUCAGGACUACUGGGAACAAAUCCAGCAAGCAGUCAGGGUCUUACUUGAACUUGGGGCUUCUGCACACUCAGCCAGGCUGCCUCUUUUUAUGUUCAUAGGAUUUUAAACCAUUGCUUAAUACAUCAAGGGAUUCAGAUUUUCAAAUACAGUGGUAGUUCAAUCCAGGAUUUAGUGACCCUGUAAAAACAUGAUCAUUUUAGCGUCUAGUCUUAAACAAAAUAAUAAUCUAAUCUAGGUCAGUUUUCAAAGUGUUAGCCAUUUGGUGUUGUAGUUGUCUUUUUUAUGGAAAACAUAUUUAUUUAGAAGCACUAGUUUUUUUUUGAAUUUAUGACACCAAGUUAACCACAAGUAAUGUUCAGUAUUCUCUAUUUCUUAAAUUUCUAUUUUUUUCUUAUAGUCUGCAAGCUUGAAGAAUACUGUGUAAAGACCCUGAAGAACAUUGUUUCUCCACAAGACAUCCGUAAACUUCCUCUUCCACCACUUAUUCCUAAGAAAAUUUCUUGUACAUCAUCAUGAUUCAAGUCAUUUUCAUGUAUGUGGUUUGACGGGUCAGACCCAAGGAAUUGCAAUGUUUAAAGCAUUAUUUAGUAAACUUGAAUUGUAAAUACAGCUUUAAAGAUGCCAUUCAAAGGUGUCAUAAAAUAUUAAAAAUAAGCUGGUCGUUUAGCAUACAGUCCAAGUGCGAAAUGUACAAGUUACUUGCAAGAAGCAUUAAAUUCAGCUUGGAAUUUCUUUUAAUAUGUGACUUGCACUGCAUCUCCCAUAUUUUAUGCACCUUUUUUGCCCCCCAAAAUUUUGCAUAAGCAUUGUUUUCAAUUUCUCUUGGGACGACUGUAAUAUGUAGGAGAAAUGAAAAACAAAGGUUAUGCAAAAUUUGGGGGGCAAAUAAGGUGCAUAAAAUAUGGGAGGUGUGCAAGUGGCAUAUGACUUGGGUAACAUAGAAGUUUGUGAGAUUACAAAUGUCCACAAUAGCAACUAUUCAAUGUAUUGCCAUACAUAUACCAGUAUUUUAAUAUAACCUUUUCAAGUCAAUUUACGUGUGGCUGAAAUCUCUGCCAUUUUCCUCCUCUAAGAUUAUUAAGGAAUUGUAAGGGGAAUUAAAGAUAAUACUAGAAAAUAAUCUUAGGAUGCCAUUCUCCACAGGCUUUCAAUAUUGCUCAUUGCUACUCAUUUGUUGGGGUGUGCAGAGUGAAAGGAAUAGUAAAUAAAAAAAAAUAUUUUGUGCAUGAGAUUAUCUUAUCAUUUUGUUUUGUUAUCAUAGUCUAUGUUCUUAAUGUUUGUUUGAUUAUAGUGUCGAGUAGUAACGUAGAACCUUUAUAAUCCCCCAAACAUGCAGUGUCCAGCUGGGAGGAGUAGUAUGAACAAGUUAACUUUCCAGUACCUAUAAAGCAAAUACUAUUUAUAAAAACUAAUAAAGCUAAUAUUGGAAAUACAAAUAUUUGACUGUUAAGUGUAGAUUCUCCUGUGGAAAUGGAUAAGGGUGUGUAAAGAGCAACAGUUGAGUAGGAGCUGCUUGUAAGGUCUCUCCUGAUUGGUCACAGAAAACAAUGACAUGUCAUUCUUUCAAUUCUUUCAGUAUUGUUUGGAGUCAGGGUUAGGCACCAUUGUGACUUCUCUUCUGAGCAGCUGCUACAUGACCCCAGUUGAGUAAUGUAAAUCUCUCCGUGCACAUGUUGCAGGCCCUGUAAAUUCUGACAAGCGACAUGGCCUUAAAACAGCAACAUGAGACUAGAGGGAUUGAUGACAAACAAUGUUAAGAUGGGUUAAAUACCGACAGGGACAUAGCCUACUCCUAAAAAUGCAAAAAUAAUGGCCGUAUAUAAAGUUCAGGCCAUUAUGCAGGGACAUAUGUACCCCCCCCCCUUCCUCAGAGGGCCUCAUACCCAGUACAUUCAUGAUCAGAUGUUUGGGGAGUUGGCAGAGGCCUAAAAAGAGAGCCUGAGAGCAAGUGAGCGGGCAAACAAGCAAACAAACAAACAAACAAAAAACGAGCAGGAGAGGUGGGGCCACGUGCCAUUUCCAGUGAGCGCAUAGCUUAAAGAACAAGCCAUGCAAUAAAGAGAAUUUGAAUUGCUUCUUGUACCAACCUUGUAAACAUUGUCAGGGUCUUUCAUCUUCCCAUCAUGGGUAACAAUGGUAACAAUGUUACCCUUUUAUCUUGUUAUUUAAUAUCUCUAUGAUCUACAGAGCAUUAUAUUUUUUAUGAUAAGGCUAAGAAAGAAAGAAAGCAUGCAAAGAAAGUACUGUCUGAUAGCCUGGUGCUAGUGGAUUUUGCUAUUGGGCUAGUGAAUUUUGCUCAGGUAAGUAAACUUUUUUGAGAAAUUCAAAUUACAGAAAAACUGUAAUCAAUCCUGCUUAUCAAAAAGUUUUUGGGGUGACUUUUAGGCUAGAACAUGCUGGCUACUGCUUACCCGAAUGGCAAGCAGUAAAACUGACUUUCUUUGCACCCUGAUGAUGGUACAGCAAGCUCUUGUCCUACAGGGAAAGGCCUGAUUCACAGUUGUAUGCUAAACAACCUAACCAGGCUGGCAGUAAAGACCCAGUAAAGAAAUACCUCACUCCAUUGAUACGCAUUAUAGCAUGAUUUGCAUUAGAAAAGAAGUAAUAUUUAUAUCAAACAAAGCCACCUCCAGCCCUGCUUCCACUCAGACCAGGAUAUGGAUAUUCAGUACACAACCGUAAAUUUCCGGGUUACUCCGGAUUGCAAGUGACAGGACUGAUUGAAGUUUUUGGGGGGGUUUGAAAUUUUUGAUUUCAGGAUUUUGGGGGGUUGGAAAAUUUUGGCAUUGAGUAUAUUUUUGGGUAGCUUCAUUCAAGUAGGUAUUUUUUUUUGUGUAUUCAAAACAAGAUAAUCUCGUGAUAGUUCCCACACAUCCCGGCUGCGUAGUUCCGCGAAUAAACUUUUAUGGUUUGGAAGUUCGGCAUGGCCGGGAUUUUUUUGGGUUUUGUUUGAAGCGCUAGGGUUUUUUUUUUUUGGGGGGGGGGGGGGGGGUUGUUUUUUGCCCCCUUUUUUUUUUCCUUUUCCUUUUUAUUCGGGUGACCCCCCCCGGGGUUUUUUUUUUUGGCCUGCCAAUUGUUCAUGAGGCGAGAGGCGGCGUGUGGGAGGGGUUUAUGGGUUGUUUUUUGUUGUUUUGUUGUUUCCCCCCCUCGUGUGGGUGUUUUUUUUGUGUUUUUUUUUGUUUGUUUUGGGGGGUGGGGUGGGGGGGUUUUUUUUUUGUUUUUUUUUGGUUUUUUUGUUUUUUUUUUUUUGGGGGGGGGGGGGGGGAGUUGAUUUUUGCCCCCAUUUGAUCUUCCCUGUCACUUGAUAUCCGGAGUACCCCCCUUGGGUGUUAAUUUUUGAGCCUGCAAAUUGACUUACCGGUAAUUGGAUUUUAUUUAAAUUUCUUGCUGGGGCUCAGCAUUUGAAAUUUACAUUCCUGUUCAAUUAUCUUAGCUUUGCUUAUAUGUUCUAUCACUGAUAUUAUUAGAGAUUUUAUUUCCUCUUUUGCCGCUUCCGGUUAUCUGAACGUGAAGGUGUCCAACAAGAAAGCUGUUGCUACUUUGGACACUGAAAAAAAAUGAACUUAAUGUCUUUUACCUUAAUGAUUAUUCAUCAGUUACUUUGUUUUCCUACUUAAUACGUACACUUGUGUAAAUGUGUGAAGAUUGAUUGAAGUGUCCGAGGCUAUUAUAGAACAGAGACAAAAUGUACUUAAUUAGAGGUUACAUCAUCGCCCAAUAUUUUUUAAGUGCUGCAACCCCGCGAACGUUUGAAAAGCCACCCAGUUUCCUGUUUAAGGUAAAAAUUAACGAAGACAACGUGAACAUUUCCAUACACGGUAAAAUAGUAAUAUGAGAAUCCUCCCACUCGUUCCAGCGUGACAAUUUCCGGGCCCUGCCCACGCACCAAUCAAAAUAACCUGCGCUAGCAUGUGAUCUUUUAGCUGAGUCUCGGAGUCGCCGGACCAAGAUGGUGGACAGGCUAGGUAUGAAGGAAUUCUGCAUUUCUUGCUGUAUUUUUGAGAUCUCCUCUGGCUCAGAGAGAGAGAGAGAGAAAGAGUAGCAUAAUUAUUUAAUUUCUUUUUUUUAUAAAUUAACGCCGAAAAGACGGGUGUUAGACUCCAUGAAGUAGCACUCGAUUUGUGCUCCACAGGGUUGUGGUUUAUAAUGCCAUUAGAGAUCGACAUUCGGUUGUUACGAUAAAUAUAUCGAUGUAGUUGUAUUGGGUCAUGGAAAGCUUAUGCCUUUCAUACUUAAGAACAGAAUCUAGUGGAGCAACAGUCAGGAAUUAGCUGGCUUAUUAGACAGGUAUUACAACUCGACCCUGUCGAAUGCAUUUAAGGCAACAAGUUGAAACAACUUUAAUGUGCAUUGUUAAAGUUACACGAGUUAAUUGCUUGAACCAGAAGCAUAUAUAUGCUUCUGCUUUGACUUUAUUAAUAUUUCCUUAUAUUUACCGCAGCAAACACGGAAGCUAAUGAAAGACGUAUAAGAAAUGUUGAAAAUUGUUUUGGAACCUCGGGGCAGGUUAGUUGUUAGCACGCUUCAACACUCAUGAAAAUGUUUGAUUUUUGUACAUGUAGUAGUGUUCGAAAGGUCAUAGGGUUGUUUUGCAACUUCUCCUGAGGUAGUAUUUUAUUUCAAUAAAUUUAUGAAAGGUGGUUGUGGGCUUCUACAGUUUACAGAGACCUUGUGCGAGGUGGAGAAUGUUGAGCUUCGUAUAAUUAUAAGGAAAACAAAGAACAAUAUAUUCUGUACCCUAUGUGUAGAGGCCCAUCGAUCUCUUCUCACAGGGUAAGGGUAUAUAUUCUAUGGGGCUUAUUUCAAUUUGCAUUCCCUACUGCUAGCAAAUUCCUUUGUACUAUGUAUUGGUGGGAAUAAACAUGUUAAUGCAUUUAGCACAAAGCACUGUUCCCUGCUGCAGUUGAUUGCCGUUUCUACAUGGUCACCUAAGCAAUGCAAAAGUCUUAACUUUUGUAGGGCAUGGGAACAGCCUUCUUCCUUAGGACGAAUAGGCCACAAGUAUUGGUCUAGCCUGCAUAGCAAGCGUUUCUGCGCGAAUUUGUCGAGAACGUUGGGACAAGAGCAAAAAAAAGGGAAUGAUGAGGGAGGGGGAGGGAAGAGAAAGAAAUGCUUGCUCACAAACCCCGCGAUUUUGAAAAACUGCAUUCGCCCACAAACGCAGCAUUUGAUUGGUGCUGGUAAUGUUGAUUACUUAGCACUCGAAACAUCAAUCAAACCAGGUAUGUUUUGUUUACGGUGCGUCACAGAUCUGGUCUGAUCUGAUUUGUGGUCGCAGAUUACAAAUGCUUUGGUCUGAUAUUUAUUUGAAUCAUGUUUGUGCAAAGAUUUAUCAGAUCUGAAUCCCUUCGAUCAAAAGUAUAAUUGGAGAUCGAGUAGUGAAGACUAGUGAAGGCCAAUUUAUUGGGAACAACCGUGUGCUUAUCUGACUGGAAAAAAAUGGACUGUUUGUUGGAGAUAACAUCAACGUAAAUCAGAACAUCGGUACUAGACACUAGCUAGAGCUGCCAUGGACAACUGAUUGGAAAUUGAGCAGCAUGUAUUGUAGAGAACUUUUCGACAAUGGCUGGCCUAUAGAGAGUAGCCGCUCUGCAAAACUCAUAGCUGGCGGUGUAAAUUGUUCUGGACAAAUCAUUUCUUUGCAACGUUUUGACAAGGUUUCCGAUGAGAUAAAGCCACAUAACGUUCAAAAUUUAACUUAACUAUAAAGAACGAGAAAUUCCGCAGCAAUCACUUAGAGUUUCAACCUUCUUUUAUCGUAAAGCUUCUUUUUAUUACAGUUUUGCAAUGGCGUGGAGCAUGUUUUAGGGAACAAAGUAAAUUUUUCAAAUAUGGUAAUCUAUUUGCUAUAUUUUGACGAGCUGUCAAUUUACAAAUGAACCGAACCGUGAAAUAUCAAGGGGCGUUUUCCAGAAUCGUGGGGUUUGUGGGCAAAUGUUCCUCUUCUCCCCUCUCUCUCCCCCUUCCAUUUUCUCUGCUCCCGCUCCAACUUUCGCGCUAUAACUCAUCUAGUAGCGCUUGCUACUCAGGCUAGUAUUGGUGUGGUACCAAAGACUGAACCUAUAACCUUUAAGUCUCCAGGAGAUCAGACUUCUACCAACUGAACCCACCCUGCCACAGUUACAGUUGAACCUUGCUCCAUGGACACCUGCUUAAUACAGAGACCUCAUUGACUUUACCCCAGGGGAAAGCCCUUACACUUUCUCUAAAUUCAACCCGCUUAAUAUAGACACCCAUUAAUAUAAAUUGUGUGGACAACAGACACCUGUUUCAUCACGCAGACAACAGAUUCACAUAGAAAGUCAACCUCACUUAUGUGGACACUUUUAUUAUUAACUGCGUGGUGAAAUAGACCUUUCCUUUUUAAAAGUAAAAAAAAUUUUCAGUGGACAGCAUGUUGAUGUUCUCAGUGCUUCAACAUACUGGAUAGGAUGACGCUUUUGAUUAAGUAAUGUAUGUGUUUAAUGUUUUUAGCACAGAAUCACAGCUUUGUGACGAUUAAAUAUAUUUAAUUUGAUGAUGCUAAUGCUCCCCAAAAGGUAUAUAUUUUUUACAUAAAUGACAUGACCUGCUUAAUAUGGACACCCUGUUAACAUGUCUGUAUUAACGGAGUUUGACUUUACUAAGAUUGAAGGUUUGCUGGUCAUUUCCCAUUUGUGGUUGAAUUAGAAUGUAUUUAUGUAAUGUGUUGUUUUUUGGUCCUAAUUUAAAGGUGCUGUAUGUUGGAUCAAUUGAUUUGUCCAAGAGCUGAUCUAAUUUCCUUUUACUAUUUCAGCCUUUGAUGGUACCAGGAAGGGUUUUGGUUGGUGAAGGUGUCCUGACCAAGCUCUGUAGAAAGAAACCCAAGCCACGUCAGUUCUUUUUAUUCAAUGAUAUUCUUGUUUAUGGAAACAUUGUCAUCAACAAGAAAAAGGUUAGUAGUAACAAUACUCAGUUAUUCUAGCACUUGUUACUGAGGGUAACUAUUCAAGUAACAGUGAUUACUGACCGGUUGUCUCCACUGGUUGUUUUGCUUUAUAAAGAAUUAGCAAACUCCCUGCAAAAUAGCUGCAAACUUAUAUAAUGAUGUUUCAAUUUCAGUAUAACAAGCAGCAUGUUAUUCCUCUAGAGGAUAUAAAACUACAGUCCUUGGAUGAUGAAGGAAGUAAGUGUUCCAAUUUUUUGGGUCGAGUGUUUUAAGUAAGAGCACUGCUUAAUGGUACAUUUUGUAUAAGUGUCUAGGAAAAUGUACCAUCCUUGACAUACAAUGUCUGAUAUUAAUGAGUGCAAUAUUAUAUCAGAAAAUAAUCUUGUUUAAUGGUGGAUGUAAUAUUUCUGUCAGUGAUUGGUUUGCUAACAUUCCUAUCUGGUAUACUGUACCUCUAGAUUUAAAAAAUGGCUGGCAGAUUAUUAGUGCAAAGAAGUCAUUUGCAGUUUAUGCAGCUACAAGAACAGAGAAGGCUGAAUGGAUGGCUCACAUCAACAAGUGUAUUCAAGACCUACUGGCAAAAAGUUAGCAUACAGUGUAAAUGUGUUUGUUUCUUUAAGUAGUUAUUUGAACAAGCCUUGUUUUAACAGCUGUGAUUUUCAUAAUAUUGUAUAAGCAUAAUCUGUAGAGCUGUACAGCUGUAACAUGACCAGGCAAGUAAACAGAGAUAUUACUGUUGCUCUUUUCUGACUGAAUCUUUCGUUUUAUGAUGACUGGAAGAUCCAUGUACACUGACAGGCAUAACCUUAUGUACUCAUAAAAGAGUAAACAAGUUUGCCUUGAUUAGCUGCAACAUUCUCAGGUUCGAAAUUGUUUAAUUCAUUUGCGGAAUAAAAAAUUGUUGUCUUCCAUACAGAGGGUAAAUGUGGUUCUUUUUCACUUCAUUGAGAUAGAACUGCAUUGUAACAGAGAUUGUUUGGUCUGAUUAUUUUUUAGCGGGGAAGAAAGGCACCACUGAACAUGCAGCUGUUUGGGUUCCUGAUAGCGAGGCAUCAACUUGCAUGCAUUGUUUAAAGAGCAAGUUCACAGCUUUAAAUCGAAGAGUAUGUUUAUCAGUAAAUUUGAAUGAUCAAUGUUGUUUUAUUGACACACUAGGGACCUUACGAAACUACAAUGGCAAUGGCAAUGGGAACAUCACAAAAGGAAUAUGUUUAAUCAGCAAAACAACAACUCUGCACGUGCAUCACGUCCUUCUGAAAAUUUCUUUGCUGUCCUUGCACAACUACGACAUUAAAUGACCAUCUCCCUCUGAACUAGAAGAAGAUGACCGGGGAACAUGGGAUAAUUGUGAAAAAAAGUGCAAGGAUGUGAAGUCUAUUUUUCAGCGACACUUUCAGGGGUGUUGCUGUUGACAGAUCGUAAGGUCCGUAGUCUGUCAGAAGGCCUGAUUGUAGAGAGUAUGUCCUAAAAUGAUUGUUACAUGAACAGCCAACAAACCAUUUUUGGUCUGCCUCCCCUUUCCAGACAUCUGUAAAUCCCUGCAGGAUCUUUCAAUGCAAUUAUCUAGACUAAGUAACGAUUUAUUUUUGCAAAUAAUGUGUAUUUAGAGACUUGAAACGUUUUAUACACAUUGUAUAAUUUGCACUUAGUCUUGAUAAUGGGGUUAUGAUGAUGUCAAAAGGUUGGCUUUUUACAUGUUUUUUAACAUCUCCUGUGCAAUUUUUGUGCUUACUGGCUUACAAGGUUCUAUGCUAUCGUUGGUGUAAGAAUGAAUGAUGGUAAGGUCAUUUCUUUUGUUAUUGUAUGUGCAGUAACACGUGACCUUCGGAGCCGGAGGGACAGGGUUUGAUACAUGCUAUCUCCCAUUUUUUUGUACUCUGUUUUAUAAAGCGUAGUUAAAAUAUUCAGUUUCUUAAAAAGAAAAUUAGAACGGAAAAUUCAGUUUCUUAACAUAUAAUUUGUUAAAAUGACAUUAAUUGAUUUAUUAUUCUUCAGCACCAUUGCAGGAAAUGUGGAGGGGUUGUCUGCAGUAACUGUUCAACCAAGAAGUUUCUCCUGCCUUCUCAGUCCUCAAAACCUUUGCGAGUCUGCGAUAACUGUUAUAAUUUGUUGUUAAGUGGAAAAGGUGUUGUUGAUCAGGAGGAAAAGAAAAUGGCCAGUACGUUUCUUCUUAUUUCUUGCUUUCUGGCAAAUUCAAUGUAGCUUUGUAAAUUGUUAAUUCUAAAUAUCUCAUCAUCCACUCCCCCUGGGGCUUUUUGGGGUUGAUUUACAAAACUGGUUCCGGUUUUUUCUUUUGCCAGUAUGCUUGUGGCACAGUUUUCAAUUCAUGAAGUAGAGAGUUAUGUAUGCCUUCUAAUGUGAAUGUGAACCACACCAGGGGCUGCACUUUAAGUCUCCUACCAGGGUCGGACGAAAGUUAUUUUUACAGCUUGCCAUUAGGGCAAGCUGAAGCUAACAUUUACCAGCCCAAACAUCAUUUCAACUAGUCCCAAAAACGUUUUCAUGAGCAGAUUGAUUUCACAGUUCUUCUGUAAUUUGAAUUCCUCAAAAAAAUUCACUUGCCCAUCUUGCAAGCUAAUAAGUGAAUUCACCCAAUAGCCUGAUAGCAAAAUCCACUAGCCCUGGGCUAUUGGACACUACUUUCUUUGCACACUUCCUACUCUUAACAAUAACUUGUGGGUAGUCUGUCCUGCAACAUUUGUAUCUGGGGUUGCGCGAAGCGGCCCUAUGGUUUAUCAGCCUUAUCCAAGAAGACCAGAUAAGCUAACUACAAAGGCAGCUGUUUCUCCUCAGUUGCUGCUGUUGGUCUAGCAAAGGUGUGAACUCAUGGCCUCCCACUUGGCAGCCCAACGCAUUUUCAAUUGAGUUGAGUGGGUGGUGGUUUGCUUUACCUUUCUCCACAUUUAAAAAUUUUAAACAAUUUCUGGGGUGAGUGCUUUUUUAUGGAUUAACCCAAUUUACUCCCAACAGUGCCCUGCUGCAAAAUUUCAAAGUGCAUCAAAAAACAAACAAAUACAGAGAUCAAAAUAGUCUGCAUGAAAUUACUGUGAAAGAGGUGUCAUUUAAGUGGUCACUCUAUAGAUUUCACUUGAAGACUCAAAAGUUAUCUGGAACUACAUCUAUGAUUACUUCAGUCUUAACUGGUACAGAUGUAGUAGUCAUAGAUGAUAAACUGCAUUCAUGGUUAGAGUAUCUAUUCAUCAGAUGGGCAUGGAAAUGCCACUUGAUAUCUCCAAAGGGAUACUUUUAUUCAAGGAUGCAUGUACCCUCAACUUUGUGAAAAUUAAUGUUCCUUUACAGCUGUCCCCACUCCACCUCAGAAGGUAGACAAGUCAGAGGAUGAAUCAGAGUCAUCUGGAGAGUCUGAUGAUGAUGAUGAAGCUGGGUCUGAGAAUCCUGCCGCAUCUGAAUACCAAGUGCCAACCAAGGUAUGUGAUGGUACAGAAUGCUCUCAUUUUGAUGUACCAUAUUUUCUUGAUCAAUCCAGUGUUUGUGUUUGAAAUUACAAUUUUUUGGGGCCAGUUUGUUAUUAAGAGGGUGUUUACAUGACACUGGGGUGACUUAAGCACCAGUGGGAGUUCACUCCGGUUCCCUCUCAUGUCUCUGUAUUUGUUUACACGGUACCAUCACAAAAUGUUGUGCCGGCACGAGUCACUCCGACAUGAGUUCACCCCGGUUUUUGUACUGGAGCGAGAAUUACACUCUGGUACGAAAUUUCACAAUGGUAUCAUGUAAACGCAAAAUGACCACCUGUUUCAGCGUGAAAUCGGUCUGCUGGUGGACUAAAAUGGGUAGCUCUUGCGUAAUGUUUGUGAUUUUGAAUCGCACAUGUAUUUUAUCAACAUGAAGUGAACCUUGAAAUAACCGAGAUAUGAAAUGAUCCAUCAUCAUGUAAAUGCAAUACAAAAUCACACAUUCAUCCAAGUAUGAAACUUGUGCUGGUGUGAGUUUUCCCAUGUAAACACCCCCUAAGCAAGGAUUUUACUGAUUGUUUUUCUGAUCUGUGUAUCUUGCUCUUAUGCGUUAAGUUUGUUCAGGGCUUGAAUAAAGCUCCUGUCUAGUAGCUUAGGGUAAUGAAAUUUUUCUGGUGGACAUGUAGCUCUUCAUGCUCUCUUGCCCACUGGGCAAAUGGUGCGCAAGUCGUCUUCUAACUAAAAUCAUAAACUAAGAAAUGCAUUCAAUGACCCCAGGGAAGCAAAAUGUGAGAACGGCUAGUCCAAAGGACGAGGUCGAGUUGACCCUUUUAGUCCCAAUAGUGACCAACAUGAAUUUUCUCGUAAUGAUAUCCAUAUGUUGCCAAGAGAAAUAGUUUUAUGAGAGUUAAUAAAAUGAUCACUCUAGAGAAAAUGCUUUGAUCUGUUAUCAAACUCUUUCAACUAAUUCUUUAAAGAAAUGUAUGAAGAUCAGUGUGGAGAAUUUAUGUGUAAAUAGUGGGGCAGGGUUAAAGCUGUUUUCAAGCCCUGUUGUUACAGUGCAAAUGAAUAUCCAAGGGGCUUACAGCGGCAGAUCCAGACCUUCCGGGGGGGGGGGGGGGGGGCCCUAAAACAUUUUUUUUUGGCUUUUGGCCCCCGUUUGGGUAGAAAAAAGGGGGGGGGGGUGGCGCCCUUGGUUUCCCCCAAGGUGUUUUUCCCCCAGGGGGUCCGACUUUUCUGCGGUUGAGUUCGUUUUUUUAUUCUUGAACCAACGUUUUCACCGAGGCCGAGGGGGAAGGGAUGUGUGAAGUAGAACAGUUAAGUGAUGUGCCGUGAAUAAGAUAUUGUGCAGUAUAUGCGAUGGAAGAAUCUUAUGACGAUCGGGGCGGGAGAGCGGACAGCAGGGGGGCGGGGGGGGGGGUGGGGGGUGUCUCUAACAAAUUUUUUUUGGCCUUUGGGCCUCAGUUUGGUCUAAAAAUAAGGGAGGGGGGAAGGCCCCUGGAUCUGCCACAGGCUUUUUUAGCCAGUAGGUCAUCUACUUUGAAGGCUUAAUGACAGUUAUUUUCAUUUCCAGCCAACAUUUUACCAAGGCGACCAAGGUGCUCCAAAAGGGGAAGGGGAUGGUGGAACUGUUGAACCAAUGGAGACAAAUGCAAACAAUGAAGUAUGAUGCAUGUGUGCUCAAAACAGAUGUUCAAAAGAAGUUUUUACUUUUAGAAAACAACAAACGUGCCGUCUCGAAUAAUAAUUAUGAGGGCUUCUGCAUGCUCUCAGGAGCUGUUAUAGAUUUAUACAAUUUUUAUUAUCACUAUUUUUUCCACUUUAUACCAAAGGAGAAGUCAAUUUAUUUUUUCGAGUUUCAUUGUUUUCCUUUUAUAACCAGCAGGCUAUUUUGCUUGUGAAUGGCAGUUUGAAAGUCAUUGCCAGUCAAUUUAACUGUAUUAAGUUUAAUGGAACCUAGAUCAUAAUAUUAUACAGUUGCAUUCUUUCUAGUACAUGAUAGGGAAUUCUCUUCUAUUAUAAACACUAGAGUUAGAAUGAUAUUUCAGAGUUCGUGAAGUUAUCUUUCUCAAAACUCUAGCUGUUAUAAUUUUGUUCAAAAAUGCCUUCUGAUUGGCAUCAAUAGUAUUGCAACUUGAUGAAUACUUUUGAAUGGCUGACACAUUUUGUGGCUUAUGAGAUUUGGCCAAGUACUGUUGGUGAGGAAAUGAUAGAUAAUUUUUUAAAACAGGAUGAGUGUUAAAUUAAGAAACUGGGAGGGAAGAAUAAUUAUUGUUAUCUGCUAUUGUUUGCAGAUUAAUAUAUGUACAUGCACUGGAAGAGUUUGAGCUGUUAUUUUGAGUACUUGCUGUUUAUUUGUUUGUUUACGUCUUGGGAAAAGGUGGGGCAACCUUGAGAGACUAAUCUCAUUUUCUUAAAAAAUGGAGUGUUGCUUGUUAAAGCAGCGUCUUUAGUUUUGAGAGCAGAAGACUGAGGUUGAGUGAAAAAUUCUUGUAAUAGGGUGGGCAAGGUAAAAUGUCAAAGUGGGGGAGAGGGGGAAGGGCGCCAACCUACCAACAUUGACUUAUGUGUACCUCAGACACCAUGAGCCAAUUCCGGUGAUCGCCCUCCACCCUCCCCUCCCCUAUCUCCUCAAACAAUAGCACCUAUGCUGCAGGGUAAGAUAACCAAUACUGCAUAUUGUCAUUGGCCUUACAGAUUUUAAUCUAUAGAGCGGUUUUCAUUUGAGUGUCGAAAAGUAAUUGGUUUUGCACUUUCUACACGAUGCGAUUGGCUUAAAAGAUUCGCGCCACCUUUUCAUCCAAUCAGAAGUAAGACCAAAGCCAAUUGUGACGCGCUCGCAUGCAUUUUCCCGCGCUUUGCGUCAGCCACAGGUAAUUACUUCGAGUUUUGAUUGGUCCAAUGUAUUGUCUGUGUCCUAUGUGAUUGGCCAGAGUUAUUACUUUGGUUUUGGUUUUACGACACUCAAACGAAAACCACUCUAUUAAGAAAAAGAAAGAAUAUAUAUCAGCACUGUUAUUUGUUGUUGAGAGGGCGAGGCAAGACUGUACUCUUUCGAGUAAAUAAAUUAGUGUUCGAUAAGGACUUCAAUCCCCCACAAACUUGAAAGAAAAACACUGGAAAUAAUCGUUCAAAGUAUAGUACUUUUUAUUUGAUGUUCAAAUCAGUUAUUUUAUUCCUUUGUAAAGAUAACAAACAGUCAAUAGUUUUGAAGCCAGUUUGGCAAAUAAAAAUGCCUACAGAGAACAGAUUCCCAUGUUCGUGUGAAACGUGAAUGUGUACCAAUAUUGCGUAAGCAUUCUAUUUCUUUUACGACGAUUGUAAAUCUCAAGGGAAAGGAAAACAAUGCUGAUGGAAUGUUUGAGGGGCCAAUGGAGUUUGUUGUGAGACGAUAGGGUAGUGGCAAAUAAACCAUUAACCUUACAUUGAGGGGCUUUUUCGGGUAUAAGUUUGAGAAAAAAAUUGAGCAAGUCUGUUUUUCUUUCAAACGAUCAGUACUUGGAGUUUUGGAUUUUAAAAUUCUUAUUUAACCUUUCCCUGGCCUCGGUUCACGGUGAAAGUCGCCCAUAUUGCUUUAUUAUACUUAUAAAGUUAUUAACAAAAAUGGAGCAUUUUAGUAACGUUUCAUUUUUGCAGGUCGACUAAUAUAUUCUGAAUGGACCUGAAUGGUCUCUCAGUCACCCCGCAGAGGCUUCCCUAAAGCGCUUUGUGUA